AUGCGCCAGGCCUACAGCCCGUCCGUCCCCUCCUUUGAGCUGACCAUCCAGCGCGGCGGCGUGACCACCAGCCUGCCCGUGCCUUUCACCUUUGCCUCCGCGGUGCGCAUGACCCGCCUGCAAGAGUUCCUGAAGAGGGAGCGGUGGACGGUGGUGACGCCCGGCCCCGCAGGCGCCAUGGCGGGCGGCGGGGGGAGCCACAGCGACCGGUCGGCCCAGGCAGAGGAGCUGCUCUUCCUGAGGGACUGCCUGGGCCCGCUGCGCGCACGUCCUGGGGCUGUGCCCGAGAAGACUGCCAGCAAGAUGCUGGAAGUGGGCGUCAAGGGGCUGCACGAGCGCACCCAGCGCCUGUUUGGCCAGACCUGGGGCGACUUCCUGCUGGGAGGCUGGCCCGCGGCGCCCGCACCGGCGCCCCCGGCCCCUGCGGCCCUGCUGGCGGCGCCCCCGCGGCGCUCGUCGCCCACCACGCUGGCCCCGCUGCCGCCCCUGCUGCCGCUGCCGCCCACGGCCAGCGAGGCUGCGACCGACGAAGAGGAGAGCCUAGUGGAGCUGCUGCUGGGGGCGUGCGGCGGCGUCGCCGCGCGGCCGCCCUGCGACCCCGCCUCCUAUGACGACAUGUACGACGACAUCGACUCCAUCUUCACCACAGCCGCGGCCGGCUUCCAGCUUGACAUGGCGGCGGCGGUGGAGCUGGAGGCGGCCACCCCGGCGGCGGCGCCGCCGCCGGCGCCCGCCCCGGCCGCCUCCACGGCGACCACGGCCGCCACCACGGGCGAGCCCGCCUACACCUCGCCCGCCGCCUUCCUUGAGGAGCUGGACGCCGAGCUGCUCGACCCCGCCUUCCUCCUCUCCCCCGGCCCCGCCCCCUCCUACCUCGACACCGAGUCGCUGCUGGCGCUCGACUUCCCCGACGCACCCGCCUUCUUCCCACCCCUGUUCUGAGCGGGCCCGGCGCGCGCGCUGCCCCGCCCCACCCACCUGCCUGCCUCUCUGAUGAGCGACCGCUGCCGACGCGGCGAUCCACGCACCAGAAAACAACACAAAAGAAACAGCCAACCAGCUUCCUCCGAUUUUACGACGCCGUGAGCGCACCCCACCCCCCUCCUCUGCUGUUC